AUGAACGGACAGGCUGAGGACAUGGACUGGGACGCCGAGUUCGAUGGAGCAGAGCUUUUUGCAGCCCCAGCAAGGGGCUUGGGAGGGCUCGACUUUGCUCCGAGCAGCUUUGAAGCGCAAGACGACGCAGAUGGUGUAUUCGACCUCUUCGGGAUGCUGCCAGUGGCAGGCGCGGGCUCCGGGGGGUUUCCCCGAGCCGCUCCGAGCUCGGCGUCGGCCGGAGCUCGGCCGUUGGGAGCUCGAUCUGAUAAGGCGGCAUCUCCAUCUGAUAACUCUCUCUCUCUCCAUUCGCACCUGAUGCUGCCCCCACCGACGCCGCAGCUGCCCAUGAUGCUCACCAACGACGAAGCCAUCGCUGCUGCUACUGCCGCUGCACACCAGCACGCCUCGCACGCCUCACCCUCGGCCAGCAGCAGCAUUGCCUCGUCGCCCGGAAGGCUGCCGGGCUCGCCUCCCAGUGUCGACACGGUCCGCCCUGGGCAGAGCGGCGGGCGUGAGUGCCACGCCAAUUGUCUUCCCCUGUCGCUGCUGGCUGCGGCCGCUGCAAAUCAACACGCCCUGCCCGCCCCGCCCUCGGCCAGCAGCAGCAUUGCCUCGUCGCCUGGAAGGCUGCCGGGCUCGCCUGCCAGUGUCGACACGGUUCGCCCUGCGCAGAACGGCCGACAGCUCGUUCCCCACCCCGCCGGCCCGCUCCACGAGGCCGCCAUGGCGCAGUCGACUGCUCCCAACCGCACCGGCCCUCCCCCGCCUGGCGGAGGGCCUCUCAGCAGGACGCAUGUAGUGCCGCCCCGGCCCAAGCCUGGCCGUAAGCCUGCCACCGAGGAACCAGAGUCCAAACGCAAGGCCCAGAAUCGGCAAUCGCAGCGCAACUUUCGCCAGCGCAAGCAGAAGACCAUCUCCGAUCUCCAGUCGUCGCUAACUGCUCUCAAUGCCCGGUUCGACAACGAGAGGGUUGUGUACGCACGCCAAGUUGCUGCCCUCGACCUAAAGAUCAAGGCCCUCGAGGAGGAAGCCGCCGAGUGGAAAGCUAGAUACGAAAGUGCGAGACUAGAGCUGGAUGCCAGAGCAGGCCACUUCCCUCCAAGGGCGUUUUUUGCCAACCACCCUGCGAAUGACACGCCCUUCCGCAAGUCGUUUGACACCGACUUCGAUGCUCACACUGCCGUCCCCAGCCCCCAGCCCACAGAGUCGGGUUGCGAGCGGUGCACACGUGACCAUUGUCCCUGUGUCGCAGAGAUGACAAACGAUGAGGCCUUCCAGCGCGAUGGCUCUGCCUCGACCGACGACAAGUCCCGCUAUCAUGCCCAACUUGAGACGAACUUCACUAAUCAGCCGCCCGCUCACAAUGUUACUACACAACGUAAGGAAAAUGUCGAUGAAUAAGCUUUUCUCCGCAUGUCCGGAUAUCAUCUCCUUCGGGUCAUGCUCACGCCACUCCAUACGCGUGCAUAUACGCGUACGUUGCUCAUAUGACUAUUCAAACAGCGGCGUAAGUCAGUUCGGAGCUGGCAAGUGAUGUGAUUGGUCCAUCCUGCGUCCGACGUCGGAUCUUAUCUGAUGAUCAGAUAAAAACUUUUACCCUAAACCCAAAAGAGGCUGGAAGAGUGUUUACACGGAGCCUUGGCAAUGCUUGGAGUGCUGCAAUAAUAGUCAAGGCCAAGUCUGAACAAAGGGAGGCACACCGUAUUUUUUGCACUUGUACUAUUGACCUUUCACAUAAAGAAAGCUAGACGAUAAUAACCUGUCCUAACUAGAGAAAUCGCACAUUGGCAUUC